CCAGCCCAGAGCUCUGAAUUAGGGAGCGCAGAGACCCCCGCAGACAGCAUGACUUUACGGUUUGAGGCGUCCUGUCCUGACGGCCUGUGUCCCGGAUGGAGCAUUAUUCUGAAAGGAGAGCCACCAUCUGAGGCAAGCAAGUUUGAUAUUAACUUCCUAUGCGACCGCGAUGACAGGAUAGCCUUCCACUUCAACCCUCGCUUCACGGAAUCUGACAUUGUGUGCAACUCCUUCAUGUCCAACCGCUGGGGGCAGGAGGAGAGGUGUACCAACUUCCCUUUUGGAACAGAGGAGCCCUUCCAGAUCGAAAUUUACUCUGACAAUGAAAGCUUUCAUGUUUACAUUGACGACACGAAGGUCAUGCAGUACAAGCAUCGUGUGGAAGACCUGAAGACCAUCACCAAAGUGCAGGUGGCGAACGACGUCAACAUCUCCUCAUUGGAGAUCACGAAAAAGCCUUUUUAUUAAAGCAAAAUGAGUUCUUAGGGGGCUUUCCUGUCUAUAUGCAAAGCUGCUGCCCUCUUUUGAGAAAGUUUUGUUUGUUCACAACGUG